AUGAAAUAUUCUACUGCCUUCUACAAAAUUGAGCAAGGAACUCACAUCAAUAAUAAUUAAAUGGCUGAGUUUGCCUAAACUGUUCAGAGUAAACCAAUUUACACAGGCAUCAAAUAAAAAGUGAUACCACAAAAAGAGGGAAAACAAACUAUUAAAUUGACUUUAUAAAUAGAGGAUUUUCAGAGUGGAGAGGUCGAGACAUUAGGAAGAUUCAAAGACUAAGUAUAUAAGAAUUAUAAAAAGAAAGUAAAGCUGAUAUGA